AGGCGGAUGGCUAAUGGUCGGUGCUGAAGCAAGGGGGCGAGGGCGGACUGUGUUGAAGCCAGAGCCGGCGCCGGAGGUGGGACCCGAACCAGAGCCGUGAGUCCCUGCGCUGACCUGCUCCGGCUGGUGGCGCUCACCGCCUUCGGCAGGACCCACCUCGCCCUCCUCCGGCCGUAGCAGAUGCUCCAGCUGCCAUGUCCACGCAGAGACUUCGAAACGAAGACUACCAUGACUACAGCUCCACGGACGGGAGCCCGGAGGAGAGCCCAUCAGACGGCCUCAGCAAUCCCACCUCUCCUGGCUCCUACCAGCGCUUUGGGGAAAGCAACAGCACAACAUGGUUCCAGACCUUGAUCCACCUAUUAAAAGGCAACAUUGGCACCGGACUCCUGGGGCUGCCUCUGGCGGUGAAAAAUGCAGGCAUCUUGAUGGGCCCCCUCAGCCUGCUGGUGAUCGGCAUUGUGGCCGUGCACUGCAUGGCCAUCCUGGUGAAAUGUGCUCACCACUUCUGCCACAGACUCAACAAAUCCUUUGUGGACUAUGGGGACACCGUGAUGUAUGGACUGGAAUCCAGCCCCUGCUCCUGGCUCCGGAACCAUGCGCACUGGGGAAGGCACAUUGUGGACUUCUUCCUGAUUGUCACUCAGCUGGGAUUCUGCUGUGUCUAUUUUGUGUUUCUGGCUGACAACUUUAAACAGGUGAUAGAAGCAGCCAAUGGGACCACCAACAACUGUCACAGCAACGAGACAGUGAUUCUGACCCCCACCAUGGACUCGCGGCUCUACAUGCUCUCCUUCCUGCCUUUCCUGGUGCUGCUGGUCUUUGUCCGGAGCCUCCGAGCCCUGUCCAUCUUCUCCCUGCUGGCCAACGUCAGCAUGCUGGUCAGCCUGGUCAUGCUCUACCAGUUCAUCGUUCAGAGGAUCCCAGACCCCUCCCGUCUGCCCCUGGUGGCCCCCUGGAAGACCUACCCUCUCUUCUUUGGCACAGCCAUUUUUGCAUUUGAAGGCAUUGGGAUGGUUCUGCCCCUUGAAAAUAAAAUGAAGGAGCCCCAGAAAUUUCCACUCAUCCUGUAUGUGGGUAUGGCCAUUGUCACCAUCCUCUACAUCAGCCUGGGCUGUCUGGGGUACUUGCAGUUUGGAGCUAACAUCCAAGGCAGCAUAACCCUCAACCUGCCCAACUGCUGGUUGUACCAGUCAGUGAAGCUGCUGUACUCCAUCGGGAUCUUUUUCACCUACGCACUCCAGUUCUACGUCCCGGCUGAGAUCAUCAUUCCUUUCUUUGUGUCCCGCGUGCCCCAGCGCUGCGGGUUAGUGGUAGACCUGUUUGUGCGCACGGUGCUCGUCUGCCUGACAUGUGUCUUGGCCAUCCUCAUCCCCCGCCUGGACCUGGUCAUCUCCCUGGUGGGCUCCGUGAGCAGCAGCGCCCUGGCCCUCAUCAUCCCACCCCUCCUGGAGGUCACCACCUACUACUCAGAGGGCAUAAGCCCCCUCACCAUCACCAAGGACGCCCUGAUCAGCAUCCUGGGCUUCGUGGGCUUUGUGGUGGGGACCUAUGAGGCCCUUAAUGAGCUGAUCCAGCCAACCAAUGCUCCCAUUCUCAUCAAUUCUACCCGCGCCUUUAUAUAAUGAUCCAUGUGCACCUCCGCACUGUCUACCCCACCCCCCAGUAUCUGUCCCCAGAGCUUCAGACCUGGUCCAGGCUCUAGGGAAAGGCAGGGUCACUGUCAGGGAACCCCCCUACGUGGCCCCUAGGCACCUUGGGCCAAGUAAACCUGAGGGCAGGGGAGAGAGUGGGGCACAGACGUGCGGUACAUAACCUUCGUGACAGUGCUGUCAUCCUUCAUUCGUACUUCUUUUAACCCAGAAUUCUUCAAUCCUUUCCCUUGCUCCUU